AUGCCAGGCAAAGAUGUGAAAGGUAAACGGAAUACUGUCAAACAGUGAGUCAUUGUUCAAAUUACCCUCCUAAAAUGAACAAUUCAGAACAAAGUCGAAAUCUAUGGCGCCGGUGCUCGUUCCGAAGCCGGUCAAACCGCCGCCCUCGCCCGGAGGAGGAGCGCAGAAGUCAAAGCUCCAGGUGCUUGAGGGAACUCCCGUCGGACUCGCACUCGUCGCCAAACCCAUACCGCCCCCGCAACCGGCACCCAAGGUCGAGCCGAAAAAAACGGUGAAGAAGGAGGAGAAGGAGCAGCCGAAGACGACAAUUCGCAAGAAGGGAAAACGGUCGAAUUCAAUGACGUCAACAGAGGGAAAGACAAACAGCGCUAGCGAGAACGACGGGAAGAAGGGCGGAAACCGAUCGAGUCCGCACACGUCUUCCGAGUCGCCCACCAAGAAAUCAUGUGAGUCUCUUAUGUCCGUGUCGCAACCGAUCAAACUUUUCAGCAGAAGCAAAGUCGAGAGACUCGAAAGAGCCUUCGGAUCCGGAUUCGAGAAAAGGACACAAGUUCAACAAAGACCUCGCGCAGAAGUUUUUCAAGGAAAUGAUGGAGUCGACGAGAGCCCGAAAGAGAACCGAUGACGCGGUGAGCAAUAGAAAGGGCUCUACUGGCUCACAACUAUUCCCAUUGCAGAAGCUGGAGACGAUGCCCGAGUCGAGUCAGAUCAACGCGUCGAUGCGUGCUCUGAAGAAGAAGAAGAAGAAGAAGGACGGUGCGUCGAAGAUGGCCAUGCUCUCCGGCCCGGAGAAUCUGUUCAAAGCGAAUGGCGAACCAGUGUGGGUGGUGGCGGAGAGAGCGCCGGGCGAGGGCGAGAAGGACGAGGACGGCGUCGUCGUCGCCAAUCCCGAACUCGUGCACGCGCUCGCCGAAGACGAUCUUGAAGUGGAGGACAAGGAUUGGAUAGUCCUCUCGGAUGCUUACAUGACCAACAAUAUCAAGAAGGGAAAGCCGCUUCCCGAUCAGUUGGUUCUUUUUUGCUUUUUUCCCGAAAAGUAGUUGAUUUACAGCUACCGCUUCAACCCGUACGCCACAUUCGAAGCGAUCGAAAAGACGAACGCGUAUACAACUCCCGAAGCGGUCGCCUACUUUACCAUCCGAAAUCUUGUCGAGCUCUCCGACGGUUCGGAUCUUUUAUCCUCAAUCCUAAGUUCAAGCGCUCUUUGUUUUUCAGAAGCCCUCAAACGUUUCGCCCGUAAAGCGGAUGGCGUUGACGAUGACCGACGGGGUCCGCCUUCUCGUGAACCGGCCGCCGCUCCGAACGUCAACGACGCACCGCCUCCGAAAAUGACGGCGGUGGCGGAGGUGAAGGAACAGACGAAGAAAAUUGUGAAUUUUAACGUCACCAAAAACAUUCUGAUGAACUACGAUGUGAGUUUUUCUCAAAAAUUAUUGUCAGACAGAGCAACAAGGCGCAGAACUGUAAAUUUUGUUGCGCUUUGUGAAGAAAACGUUAGGUGAACGCAUAAUAUCUGUUUUUUUCAGUUAUCCGCAGAAUAGCACAUGUUUGCAGAGACACAAUCCGAUUCGUUCGAUUCAAAAGCUGCGUUGUAAACGAGACAGAACGACUGAGCAGACAGCCGAGCAAACGGUUCCAAAAUGA